CCUGCUUAGUUAGCUGGUUGUGCACCGUCACGUGGAAGCUUUAGUAAGAAACACGACAGUGACCAGAUAACACUUCAUAAUACUUCCCGCCAUAAUCCUAUACCAGAUACCCGAGUUCCGUGGAUUACUGGAUUAUGUAACGACGACGACGAAUCCCCGUGGGAAAUAUUAGGUCAAGAUAUUUAUAAACCUAUUCUCACGCCAACCAUUAGGUUGUUACAAUGGAUUCGAACGUUAGCUGUAUAGAGGAGAUCCCAAGGAAGGCCCUGACGGUGCCUCAGAUCCGCCUCAAGAUCAUACAUCUCAACCUGGACGACCGUGGAAGGAGCCUCACCCCGCCACCCCCCACAGCAGGUGAGAGCAGCCUGGUGCAGAGCUACACGCGCCACCAGCUCCUCAGGAAACGUCUGCACAAGUUAAACAGCUACGGCCACCUUUUACGCGACCAGGGACUAGAACGUCAAGAUGGAGACGUAGCAUCCUCACCAUGCCCUCCAGAGAACGAUCUCUGUGACACCGACUCUAAAAGUGAAGUGAAUAACAACGAUCUGUCCUAUGAAGAGGACUCGGUUUUUACAUUUUUCGUUAAGGGAAUGAACAAUUAUCUCUCUGCUGACAGAGACAAGAUAUUAAAUGCCAUUGUCCAGCUUUUGAACAAACACACAGUAUCAGUGGCUACAAAGGAGCACUUGCUCUUCGGUAACAGAACACCUUUGCCUCCUAAAUCGACCUUUAAUCAUAUUCUGGUAAAAAGUACAUUACUCCUCAUGAACGAGCUCGUAGAUCAAGAUGUACUUGACAUCUCUCAGCGAAGUAUAGUGCAGUUGGGUCAGUGUCUCACCUUCUCCCUCUACUUCCACAAGAAUCUCCAGCAGCUUGGAAGGAGUGCCUGGCACAGCUCCUAUGCCCAGGUCAUGAGGGAUGCCUGGAUGAGUUUUGGCUGCCUUGGUGCUGUACUCAUUAUUUCUUCUAUGAGACAGUGAUGAAUUAUUUAGUGGCUUGGAAUCUAAAACUGGUGAUUGGUUCAUCAGGCCAUGCUGUGAACUUUAUAACAAGUGCCUCAUUCCGCUGACCAGGGAAGCUGUGCUGGUACAUCAUUCCCCAAGUGUCCAAGCCGAAACUAUAGGCGCUUCAACUGAUUAUUCAUUCCCAAGUCCAGGGAGCAUGUGCUUGUUACUGAUUCUCCUGACCAGGUAUCAUGUGCUUGUGACUCUCCAGACUUGUGCUGGUAACUCAUUCCACAGACCAUGGAACUUGUGAUGGGUGACUGAUUCUUCAGGUCAACACGUUACCCAUUUUCAGGCCUGAAAUUUUUAUUUUCAACUAAAAAACUAGUACUGUACUGAAUGCCGUGUAUUCGAGGUCAUUAUUUAUUCAGUCAGUAAGCAAGUAGUGGCUGUUUACGCAUUUUAGGAUGUGAAAUUGUAAUAGUUUUAUUAUAUUCUGACAUGAAAAACAAACUAUUAAGCUUACUAUAGUGACCUGGUUUAAUGUGAUUAUUGUUGGUGCUUGUGAUGUUGAUGUUUAAGAUUCGCUACUUGAAACAAAAAGUUACAAGUAGCACGGGCUAUGGUGAGCCCGUUGUGGACUUGCCUGGCACAGGAGCGGGGCUGUAACUCGGUGUGCUUGUGAUAACUGUCCUAUCUCCUGGGAAGAAAACUUACACUACUCGGUGAACUUUGCUGCUCCGCUACGCCAGACAUUUAACAUUUAAAGGUCAUCGGGUAACAACGAAAAAGUAUUGAGGGUAACAAUGUAAGUGAAAAUUUAGUCUUUUGGCAAUACUGUACAACAUCGUGUUUCAAAACAUUACCUAAAAUUGGUUAUUUAACAAAAUCGCUAAUACCUACAAAUCCCCUUAAUUUAGCAAUACCAUAAUGAUUUUACGACACCAAGUGUCUUAGUGUCUAAAGAGACGUCUGUGAUAGUGUAAAAGUGAAUUUAAACACUGCUUUCUCUUUAUCCAUAUGUAAUAUUUAACAUUUUAAGUCAAAUUGUAAUCAAUUCUUUACAUUAUGAAAGGCAAUUUUUUAAAUAUUUUGUGGUAUGUUCAACUGUCUUCCAAAUACAAAUAGUUAACAAAAUUGUUUGUAGAUUACUAUUUUUAACAAAAAAAAUAAUAAAUUAAUUCUAAAAUUGUGGUGAUGUUAAUAUACCUAGAUAGGGGAUUAGGGCUUUUUAGUGCCACGAAUAUUAGCUUAACUCAGUGACACUAGCUUCCUCUGGUCUCUUUUAUGUACUAUACUGUUUAGGGUCCGUCUAAUUACCCAAAGCUACCCAAACUUACUCAAAGCUACACAAAGCUUCCUAGCAUUACGUUAGUAAUGAAUAAGAUAUAAUUAUUCAUUAUAAUGUUGGUGCUAAAUGUAGAACAUGAAAAACAUAUUUUUAUUCUGAAAACGUAUUAUUUUAUAACGAAAAUAAGCUGCUGGUGAUGCCAAAACAAGUCGACGGUCCAAGCGACAAUGUUUGCUGGCAUAUGAGCAAUAUCUUUCCGACUUUGUUGAUACACGUUUGUAACAUGUAUGGGUCGACCAAGCGAGUGGUUCCUGGUGGCAUGGGCGACCCCACUUUAGUUUACCAGUGCUUCUUGCCUAGUGACAAUCGCACUUGAAUUCUUUGUAAAGAAUUGAAUUGCAUUUCAACUUUUUUUGGUCCUAAACACAAAAGUACUGUAAGAGGGUACUCACCAACAAUGUUGAGUGCGGCAGCAGACACAGCCUUCCCUACCGAGUUCUCUGCAAUAACAGCGACUCUACCAGCCUGCAUCACAGAGGUGGUGGGAAGCUCCAAGGUGUGUGUGUUUCCACUGCUUCCCAACACAUACUGCAUAUGGCCACGCAGAUACUCUUGACCCGUGAUGGGGCAAUCAUUUAACGUCCAGUGUACCUAGAGAAGAUCAAGAGCAUUUCUGAACACAUCAACAGGAUAGUAACUAUAAUUAUAGUACUACAAAUUAGGAGAAACUUCAACAAUGCCACAGUGCUUGAAUGAAGUGAAGGAAAGACUCAAUUUAUGUUUGUUCAGAACUUUGUACCAAAGUACAGUACCUCGAGAAAGGAUGUAGGGUACAUCCGAAAAUGUGGUGUGUAAUGGACUUUAAACAUAAAUUGGGUCUUUCCUUAACUUUCACUGCAAAUUAAUUAAGUCUGUGGGAAUGCACCAAAGUCAGAUGCAUAUGGAACUCUAACCAAGAUUAUAAUAAAAAACACACCUUCCAAAAUUUUUUAUUUAUUUAUUUACUUAUUUUUCCAUGGCAUCUUAUUUUGAUAGCAAGUGACAUGAUUUACUAGUUUUGUUGAACUGCUAAAAUUUAAAAAUUGUAAUUCUUUUAAGCUUUGUUAAUAACAAUGCCUGAAUACCCAAAAUAUGCACUAAAGUUUUCAAAUGCACAAAUUUAUAUGAAAUGAGUGAAUACAUUUUGUGUAAUUCAUACUUCACAGUACCAAGGGAGCAACAUACUGUAUAUGUGAUGUUAGUAUGUUACUUCUCUACUGUAUUCACAUAUGUAUCUAAAGUAUCAAAGUGUAUAUGUGAGUAAGAAUAAUAUUUUUUGAGUCAAAUACUAUAUGUACUAAUAUUGCUGGUUAAUUUUUCAUGUCAUCCAGUUUGUGCCUGUCAGUUGGCACACCAAUCUCAAGUCAUAAUUCUUGCAGAAUCCAUAAACUAUGGUGUGUUAUAGUAGUUUUAUACUUUAACAAUUAAAUGUUGCAGAGUUUUUAAAACAGAACAUUUCUGAUUACUGUAAUUAUAUCUUCCUCUACCUGUCAUAUACGAUACCUUAACAAAGCUAAAUUGUACAUUAUCAGCCAAUGAGAAUAUAAAAUCUAUAAAAUGUGUACACACUGUAUAUAAAACUAAAACGUACUUAAUUUCAUCGUUAUAGUUUCCUAUUUUGUGCUUCAAACUUACACUGUAUCUUGUACUACCAACUUCCCCAAUACUAGUACUUAAGAUGUAAAUCAUCACCAGUGUAAUCACCUCUGUCAAUUUACAUUGUAGUUAUAUGUUGAUAUACAUUUUGCUUCAAUGUACCUUUUCAUCUUAUCUGAUAUGUUAGAUUAAGGACCUACCCGAAACGCUAUGCAUGUUAGUGGCUUUGCAAGAAUGUAAAAAUACCAGUCUUAUGUAAUCUCACAUACCCAUUGUACUGUCUUGUAAAUAAAUAUUAUUAUUAUAUUUGUAACAUAAUGCACCCACUUUCUAAAAUGAAUGAUCAUUAGUCUUUUCAACAUGUACCAUUUAUACUCUUAAAAACACUUCAUGCCUCUUCAUAUACAUAUGAAGUUCCCUUAGUCAUACUACCAAUAUGAUGUACACCAUACCAGAUUACAAGUCAAAGCAUGUAAAACUUUGAAGUUAACGUUUUUGCUAACUCAAGCCAAGUAUUAACUGACUUUUCUGGAUACUGUAUAUGGUACAGUAUUCCAUAUUCAACAUACUGCAGUAAAAUAUAAUAUAUCUAUUA